CAAAGGAUCACUAAGACUCACUCGUAUAUCAAUGCGUGUAGCUCGCUGGACGCUGCUCGUCGCGGCGCUGGCCGUCUCCGUGUGCGCCAAAGACGCCGCUCCAGUUAAAACCGACGGAGAGUGCACAGCGCCAUCCGUUGUUGCCUCUUUCGAGUCAAAGAUCGCAGACUUGGAGCAAUCCAAGUCCGAGCUGCAGCUCCAAGUGGAUGCCCACGGCAAGGAGAAGACGAAGUUGCUAGCAGAUGUGGCUAAGGAGCAUGAAGCAAUCGUAUUGAAGCUACAGGACGAGAUUGCCACGCUCGAGAAGGACGUGGCCAUCGAGAAACAUGCCGUGGAGAAGGCCGAAGCCGAGCUCAAGAGCGCGCUGGACAAGCUUAAGAGCGAGAGCAAGCGAGCUAUCUCUCGUGACAGUGACGUCAUUAGACUAGAGGAAGAUCUGGCGAAGGAGCGAACAGCAGCUGCUGAAAGAGACGCCGAGCUGAAGGCGGCGCUGGCCAAACUGGCAGAGCAGGCGAAGAAGACAACGCAGCUGGAGAAGAGCAAAGACAGCUUUGAGAAGAAGAAUAAGGCGUUGCUCAAAGAUCUGGGCGAGGCUAAGGCCGUGGAGCUCUCUAUGGCCGCUCUACUGUCAAUGUACUACGAUGACGCGCUGGUGCUGGCAGAGCAAGCUGUGGUUUAUGCCCAGGAGAAGCUGAACGAGCAGUCGGACACAUUGGAACAAGUACAGGGGCAUUUUGAGAAUGCCAAGAAGACAGCAAGUGACACCACCAGCAAGUUCUACCAGGAGAACCUGGCAGCCACGCUAGAUCCGAUUCUUGUGGACGUACAGAAGACGGUGGAUCCGAUUUGGGCGGACGUACACAAGACUGUGAACGAGAGAUACCUGCCGCUUGUGCAAGACGAAGCUGCUAAGGUCAAGGAGCAGGUUGUAGUCUACUCGCAGGAGGCUCUGCGUCGUGCCAAGCUUGCGCGUAAUGAAGCGAUCACGUUGUUGGAGCAGAACGACUACGUGGCGCACCACGCUCAGAAAGUUAUUGAUGGAGUGCUGAUCCUUCUGGCGAUCCCGCUGGUUCUGUUCCAGAUCCGUCUCGCCCUGCGUCUAGUGUGGUGGCUGCUCACCACGACGCUGUGUACGCUCACGUGUGGCUUGUGCUGCGGAUCCCGCAAGCGCAGCUCCAAGACGAAGCGCGUGAAGAAGACGGCUAGUGUCAAUCAAAGCUUAAAUGCACCUCUGAACGGCCCUGCCAAGAAGACGACCACAAAGACGACGUCGACCUCUCAGAAGCGCAAGAAGGGCAAGAACUAAGUUGGCAAUAUUGGCUAUGUGGUCGCAGCGCGCUGCAAAUGAUACGUUUUCUGUACC